AUGGGCACCGCCAGCUACGGGCCCUACUGGCGGCACGUCCGCCGCAUCGCCGUCACCGAGAUCCUCUCCGUGCUCCGGAUGCAGCAGUUCGCCGACGUGCACGAGCGCGAGACGCGGGCCAUGACGCGGGGCCUCUACCGCGCCGCGGCGGCUCGCGGCGGCAGGCGCCGCGCUCGGGUGGAGCUCAAGUCGCGGCUGUUCGAGCUGCUGAUGAACGCCAUGAUGGGGAUGAUGUGCGCGAGGAGGUACUACGGCGGCGACGGGAAGGAGGAGGAGGAGGAGACAGCGGUGGGGGUGAGCGAGGAGGCGCGGUGGUUCAGGGAGAUGGUGGAGAAGACGAUGGAGCUGAGCGGCGCGUCGACGGCGUGGGACUUCCUGCCGGCGUGGGCACGAUGGCUGGACGUGGGCGGGGUGCGGCGCCGGCUGUGGCGGCUGCGGGAAGGCCGGAGACCAAGUUCUUGCAGGGCCUGA